AUGGAUAAAUUGCUCUGCAUUCGAUUGAAUAAUGCGAUGAUGGAAAUGAAAUUCAAAAUGAUGGAUGUUUUGACUGUCAACUUGAAUGCAUUUCUAAUUGCCUUUCAUGUUUAGAUAACGAAGUUUGUUUUAUGUGUUAAGACAACUAUUAAUUAGAAGGAUAAUUAUGCUUACCAAUCUGUGGUGAUGGCAUUAUUAUUAGUGGAUUUGAAGAUUGUGAUGAUGGAAAUGUUGAACCUAAUGACGGAUGCUAUUAAUGCAAAUUUGAAUGUUCAUAAGGUUGUCUUGAUUGUGAAAAUGGAUAAGUUUGCAAAUAAUGUAAUAAUUAAUACAUCUUAAAUAAUCAAACGGGUAAAUGUGAAAAGAUCAAAUAAUUAGAUGAUUAGAAUCAAGAUUUAAAUGAAAAUCCAAAUGAAUUUGAGGAUACCUUUAAUCUAGUAUGUAGCAAAAAUUUCAUCUUAAUUGAUUUUGAAUGUGUUAAUUAAUGUGGAAAUGGAAUGCUUAAUAUUAUAUAUGAACAAUGUGAUGAUGGAAACUUAAUUGGAGGGGAUGGAUGUUCUUUUUUUUGUAUUGAAGAAGAUAAUUUUAAAUGUCAAAAUCAUUAAGACAGUAUGA